ACUGGAGCCUAUGAAUAAUUCACACAUCUUUUCUUCCAGUGAGACACAAAAAACAGGAGUACUGAUGCUGCUUAUAGAAUGGGAAAACCUUUUCUGUUUUCUUUGAUUUACCGAAUCAGGAUGCGAUGAGAGGCUUAUCUACAGAGCACUGAACACAGACGGCACCUAACCUGUUCAAGUUUGAUUUGUGUGGAGUAAAAAUCACUCCUCCUGCCAGCGGGUACUGAUGAUGGCUCUCGUGGUUCACCUGAAGACAGUCGCCUACCUUCGGGGGAAGGGAGACAGGAUCGCCAAAGUUACAUUCAGAGGUUUGUCCUUCUACAGCCGUAUUGCAGAGAACUGUGAGGAGGUAGCCAACUUUAAUGAGACAUUUCGAUGGCCCAUUGCCAGCAAGCUGGAUGGAAAUGAGAUGCUGGAGAUCCAAGUGUACAAUUACAGCAAGGUCUUCUCUAACAGGCUGGUGGGCACUUUCCGCAUGGUGCUGCAGAAGGUGGCUGAGGAGGGAAACCUGGAGCUGACGGAUACGCUCAUCGACGACAACAACACCUCCAUAAAGACCAGCGUUUCCAUAGAGAUCAAAUACCAGACGAUGGAUGGAACGAUGGGGGUGUGGAGUGACGGGGAGUUCCUGGAUGUGCCCGACGACCGCGACGGGACGUUUGCGUUCGAGACAGACAGCUUACUGUCGGGACAGAGCCACGGUUCGGGGACCUCGCCCGGACGAUCCUUACAUGGAUCCAUACCGACGUUCAGGAAAGCAGGGAAGGGAGUUUUCUCAGCCAUGAAGCUUGGCAAGAUCAAGAGCUCCAAAGACGAUCACAAGAAAGCAGAUGAGCCGGCGGUCCUGGACAUGGAGGACCUGGACAGGAAGGCGAUGCGGCUGGCUGGAUCUUUGGACCCGGACACCAUCUCACUGGCCUCUGUCACCGCGGUCACCACCAAUGUCUCCAAUAAGAGGUCAAAGCCAGAUAUCAAGAUGGAACCGAGUUCUGGAAGACCGGUGGAUUAUCAGAUUAGCAUCACGGUGAUCGAGGCCCGGCAGCUGGUAGGCCUCAACAUGGACCCCGUGGUGUGUGUGGAGAUUGGGGAUGACAAGAAGUACACAUCUAUGAAGGAGUCGACCAACUGCCCCUACUACAACGAGUAUUUUGUCUUUGACUUCCACGUCCCGCCCGAUGUCAUGUUUGACAAGAUUAUCAAGCUCUCGGUUAUUCACUCUAAGAACCUUCUUCGGAGUGGGACUUUGGUCGGGACGUUCAAACUGGAUGUUGGGACUGUUUACUCUCAGCCUGAGCACCAGUUCUACCACAAGUGGGCGAUCCUGUCUGACCCCGAUGACAUCACAGCGGGCUGCAAGGGGUAUAUCAAGUGUGACAUCGCUGUCGUCGGGAAGGGCGACAACAUCAAAACCCCGCACAAGGCCAACGAGACCGAUGAGGACGACAUAGAGGGGAACCUUCUGCUGCCUGAGGGCGUCCCCUCAGAGAGGCAGUGGGCCCGGUUCUACGUGAGGAUCUACCGCGCCGAGGGCCUCCCAAAGAUGAACACCAGCAUCAUGGCCAACGUGAAGAAGGCCUUCAUAGGAGAGAACAGAGACCUGGUUGACCCCUACGUCCAAGUACAGUUUGCAGGGCAGAAGGGGAAAACAUCGGUCCAGAAGAGCAGUUACGAGCCGAUCUGGAACGAGCAAAUCAUCUUCACCGAAAUGUUCCCUCCGCUCUGCAAACGCAUGAAGGUCCAGAUAAGAGACUCGGAUAAGGUCAAUGAUGUUGCCAUAGGAACCCACUUUAUUGACCUACGCAAGAUAUCUAAUGACGGUGACAAAGGGUUCCUGCCCACGCUGGGACCGGCCUGGGUCAACAUGUACGGCUCGACCCGCCAGUACACACUGAUGGACGAGCACCAGGACCUCAAUGAGGGACUCGGAGAGGGUGUGUCCUUCAGGGCCCGCCUCCUUAUCUCCGUCGCCGUGGAGAUCCUAGACACCAGCUCCAAUGAGAUCAUGAGCUCCACUGAGGUGCAAAUGGAGCCCGUCUCCAACAUCUCAGAGAGCGCCACAGGGAAAUCAGAGGAGUUUUUCCUGUUUGGCUCCUUCCUUGAAGCCACCAUGAUUGACAGGAAGAUUGGAGACAAAGCGAUCAACUUUGAGGUCACAAUAGGUAACUAUGGCAACCAGAUAGACGGCGUGAGCAAGCCUUCGUCGGCGAAGAAGAAGAAGAAAGACGGGGAGGGCGAGGAGGAAGAGUCUGAGCUCAUCCAGAACUCCAGCGAGGACGAGGCGGACGAGGACGGCGACCUGGUCUCGGUUUCCUCCACGCCGCUGAUGAAGCCAGUCAUCACCGACAGGAACUACUUCCAUCUGCCCUACUUUGAAAAGAAGCCGUGUAUCUACAUCAAGAGCUGGUGGCAGGACCAGAGGAGACGACUCUACAACUCCAACAUGAUGGACAAGAUCGCUGACAAGCUGGAAGAGGGUCUGAAUGAUGUUCAGGAGAUCAUUAAGACAGAAAAGGCCUUUCCCGAGCGCAGACUCAGGGGAGUGCUGGAGGAACUCAGCACUGGCUGCAGUCGUUUUGUGACUCUGGCUAACAAGGAUGUGAGCCAGGCAGGCCGAACCAAACUGGAUCGAGAAAGGCUCAAGUCCUGCAUGAGAGAGAUGGACAGCAUGGGCCAGCAGGCCAAGCAGAUUCGGAUGCAGGUGAAGAAGAACACGGUGAAAGACAAACUCAAGCUGGUGAACAACUUCCUGCAGAGGCUGCGAUUCCUCGCCGACGAGCCGCAGCACAGCAUCCCAGAUGUCUUCAUUUGGAUGAUGAGCAACGGCAAACGCAUCGCCUACGCCCGCAUUCCCUCCAAAGACAUCCUCUACUCCAUAGUGGACGAGGAGAUGGGCAAAGACUGUGGCAAAGUCAAAGCUGUCUUCCUCAGGCUGCCAGGUAAGAAGGGCUUUGGUCCUGCAGGCUGGACGGUGCAGGCCAAGCUGGAGAUGUAUCUGUGGCUCGGCCUCAACAAGCAAAGGAAGGACUUCCUCAGUGGUCUGCCGAACGGCUUUGAGGAAAUCAAAGCUGCUAGAUCUGGCCCUGGUCUGCAGUCUGUGCCCCCCCUAACCCUCGUCUACAACAUGAAGCAGGUAUUCCAGCUGAGAGCACACAUGUACCAGGCCCGCAGUCUCUUUGCUGCAGACAGCAGUGGGCUGUCAGAUCCCUUCGCUCGGGUCUUCUUCUCCACACACAGCCAGGUUACUGAGGUCCUGAGUGAGACCCUGUGCCCCACAUGGGACCAGCUGCUGGUAUUUGACGAUGUGGAGCUGUUUGGAGAGGCCAGCGAGCUGAGAGACGACCCGCCGAUCAUCGUGGUCGAAAUCUAUGACCAGGACACUGUGGGCAAGGCAGAGUUCAUAGGUCGGACGUUUGCAAAGCCCAUCACGAAGAUGUGUGACGAGCACUACGGCCCCCCGAGGUUCCCGCCACAGCUGGAGUACUACCAGAUCUACAGAGGCAACUCCACCGCUGGAGACCUGCUGGCUGCCUUUGAGCUGCUACAGAUUGGUCAAGCAGGGAGGGCCGACCUUCCUCCCAUCGAAGGACCGACAGACUCAGAGCGUGGACCCAUCCUCCCCGUGCCUUUAGGCAUCCGGCCUGUCCUGAGUCGCUACCGUAUAGAGGUCCUGUUCUGGGGCCUGAGGGACCUGAAGAGGAUUAACCUGGCCCAAGUGGAUCGGCCCCGCGUGGACAUCGAGUGUGCAGGCAGAGGGGUGCAAUCUGCCCUCAUCCAGAACUACAAGAAAAACCCCAACUUCAGCACUCUGGUCAAAUGGUUUGAGGUGGAUCUUCCAGAAAAUGAGCUCCUUCACCCUCCGCUCAACAUCCGAGUGGUAGACUGCAGGGCAUUCGGCCGCUACAUCCUGGUGGGCUCCCAUGCUGUUACCAGCCUGAGGCGUUUCAUCUACAGCCCCCCGAACAAGGCCUCCAAUAACUGGGCCACUGCAGCUAAGCUAAUGAAUGGCUACAUGGUCCUCACCAAUGGGGGCGCCCAGUCUCGCUCCUCACCCAGCCUUUACUCCCGCACCCCGUCUCGCACCCUCUCUCGCCCCGCAGGUGACAUCAUCGUCAACAUGGACGCUGAGCCUUCGGUUCGAAAGAUGGACACGGUGGUCAAGUUAGAAGCUACAUCUGAUGCGGUUGUAAAAGUUGACAUGAAUGAGGAAGAGAAUGACAAAGACAAAACGAAGAAGAAGAAGAAGAAAAAGAAGGGAGAGGUUGAGGAAGAGGAGGAGACAGAUGAGAGCAUGCUGGACUGGUGGUCCAAAUAUUUUGCCUCAAUCGAGACACUGAUGGAGACCCUGAAAGCCCAGGAGGCGGCCCAAGCAGAGGCGGAUGAAAGAGAAGAUCUGGAGAUAGCGGCAGAGGGAGCAGAUAUCAAACCUGAUGACCUUCCUGUGAAAGGCACCAAGACCAAGGAAAAGAGCAAGGACAAGAAGAGCUCCAAGGACAAGAAGAAAGGUCAGACCGGAGACGGGUCUGAGAAGCGACCAGUUAAACCAAAAGUGGACGAGCUGAUGGUGUACAACAAGGAGCUGGAGAGUGAGUACGGUAACUUUGAGGACUGGCUCCACACCUUCAACCUGUACAGAGGGAAAGCUGGGGAUGACGAUGAAACCGCCUUGGAUGAUGACAGAAUUGUUGGCAGAUUCAAGGGAUCCCUGUGCAUGUACAAGCUCCCGCUGUCGGAGGAGUUCACCAAGGAGGCGGGCUUUGAUCCUAAUAUGGGCAUGUUCCAGAGCAUUCCACACAACGACCCAAUCAACGUCCUCGUCCGUGUCUAUGUGGUCAGGGCGACAGAUCUCCACCCGGCUGAUAUCAACGGGAAGGCUGACCCUUACGUUGUCAUCAAACUGGGCAAGUCAGAGGUCAAAGACAAAGAGAACUACAUCUCCAAACAGCUCAAUCCCGUCUUUGGCAAGUCGUUUGACAUCGAGGCUACGUUCCCCAUGGAGUCCAUGCUGACGGUGUCGGUGUACGACUGGGACCUGGUCGGCACCGACGACCUGAUCGGAGAGACGAAGAUCGACCUGGAGAACCGCUUCUACAGCAAGCACAGAGCCACCUGUGGCAUCGCGUCCAACUACUCUGUCCAUGGAUACAACGUGUGGCGUGACCCCAUGAAGCCCGGCCAGAUCCUGGCUAAGCUGUGUAAGGAAGGGAAGGUAGACGGACCUCAUUACGGGCCGGGAGGCAAAGUCAAGGUGGCAAACCGCAUCUUCCUGGGAGCUACAGAGAUUGAAGAUGAAAAUGGUCUGAGGAAGCAGACAGAGGAGCAUUUGGCUCUGACGGUGUUGAAGCACUGGGAAGAGAUCCCCAGAGCGGGCUGCAGGCUCAUCCCUGAACAUGUGGAGACCAGGCCGCUGCUCAACCCUGACAAACCUGGCAUCGAACAGGGCCGCAUUGAGAUGUGGGUGGAUAUGUUUCCUAUGGACAUGCCUGCUCCUGGACCUGCCAUCGACAUAUCACCACGGAAACCAAAGAGAUAUGAGCUCAGGGUGAUUAUUUGGAAUACAGACGAAGUAAUACUGGAGGACGAUGAUUACUUCACUGGGGAAAAGUCCAGUGACAUAUUUGUCAGGGGGUGGUUGAAAGGGCAGCAGGAGGACAAGCAAGAUACAGACGUCCACUAUCACUCCCUGACUGGUGAGGGCAACUUCAACUGGCGUUUUGUCUUCCCCUUCGAUUACCUCAUGGCCGAGGAGAAGAUCGUCAUCUCCAAGAAGGAGUCCAUGUUCUCCUGGGACGAGACCGAGUACAAAAUUCCAGCUCGACUCACUCUGCAGGUGUGGGAUGCUGAUCACUUCUCUGCUGACGACUUCCUGGGAGCGAUCGAGCUUGACCUAAACCGGUUCCCUCGUGGCGCCAAGACAGCCAAGCAGUGCUCAAUCGACAUGAUCCGAAAUGAGCAGGAGCUGCCCACCAUUUCCAUCUUCAAACAAAAGAGAGUCAAGGGCUGGUGGCCGUUUGUAGCCCGCGACGAGAAUGAUGAGAUGGAGCUCACGGGUAAGGUGGAAGCUGAGCUUCAUCUCUUGACAGCUGAGGAGGCAGAGAAAAGUCCUGUUGGACUGGGACGAAAUGAGCCCGACCCACUGGAGAAACCAAAUCGUCCAGACACCACCUUCCUGUGGUUCCUGAGCCCGCUGAAAGCCAUCCGCUACCUGGUGUGUAACCGUUACAAGUGGCUGAUCAUCAAGAUCGUGUUGGUCCUGCUGCUGCUGAUCAUGCUGGGCCUCUUCCUCUACAGCAUGCCUGGCUACCUUGUCAAGAAGCUGCUGGGGGCCUAAGGGG